UGAUUUAAUUCAUCAUCUUUUCUGCACGGAUGAAAAAAAAUAUAAGUCUGGCCUAUUUGGGUGAUUGCCACCAGGGCACCCGGAACUGUCUGGCUGCCAUUUGUUGAAGGUCAGAGUCUGAGAGUUGCCAGUUCGGUUCCUCCUCAUUCCUGUGGGGACUUUUCUGACUUGACAAAAGAUGAACCAGCAUCAUAGAAAGCUGCUGCAGAGAAACCGCAUACAGCUGGUGAUAAAAUUGCAGCCUGAGCUCAUUUACGACUUUCUGACGGAGAAAGGCGUUUUCACCGACGACAUGAUAGAGGAAGUCAAGAAAUCAGGCACACGCAGGGACCAAGCCCGUCAGUUAGUAACUGAUCUGCAGACACGUGGAACAGGAGCAUUUUAUGCUUUUUUGGAAAGUCUGAAAGAAAGCAAGCAAUAUGAGCUCUUUGAUCUACUGCAAGAGGGGCUGUCUAUCCAAAAUAAUCCCUCCAUCUUUGUUAGACCGGUUCAACCCAUGAAAGUAUAUAAUCCUGUUCAGCAGGAUACCCGGAUUUCUCACCCAGUUCAAUGUUCAGACGUUGAUAUAGGUCUUGGUAAGCCAACUACAAAAGGACUACAAGAUGACAUGAUUUAUAAAAUGGAUGCUGACCCUUGUGGCUUAUGUUUGAUCAUCAACAAUGUGGAUUUCUUUCCAAGUAGUGGUUUGACUUGUCGCUCAGGUUCUGACAUCGAUUGUGAAAAUGUUGAAAAUCUCUUUAAGAAGUUACGGUUUGAGGUUAUUGUUAAAAGAAAUCUGACCAAGCAUGUGAUGGUAAAAGAGCUGAAAAAUCUAGCUCUCAAGGACCAUACAGUUUUUGACAGUUGCGUUAUUGUUAUACUUUCACAUGGUAGUCAGGCUCAGCAUAGACAAUUUCCUGGUGCAAUUUUUGGAGUGGAUGGGGGCCAAUCUCUGCCAGUACAGCAUAUUGUUAGUUACUUUGAUGGUUCACACUGCCCAACUUUGCGGGAAAAGCCCAAAUUAUUCUUCAUUCAGGCCUGUGGUGGUGAUUUGAAGGAUAAAGGAUUCAAGACAGCCGAGGAGGUGGAUAGCAUUCCUACUAUACUCUUUGAUUCUGUUAGCUUGCAGACUGAUGCAACUCCAUGUCCAGCAGAAGAUGAACCAGAUGCAGUAUCCAGCUUACCAACUCCCAGUGAUAUUUUGGUUUCAUAUUCUACUUUCCCAGGGUAUGUGUCAUGGCGAGAUAAAAAGGAUGGAUCUUGGUACAUGAAAACACUGGUGAAUAUAUUCAGUAAAUAUGCUCAUUCAGAUGAUCUACAAAUACUUCUAACGAGGGUGACAAGAAGCAUUUCAGAAAACGAGGAAGCUAAAGGUGUGUACAAGCAGAUUCCUGGUUCCUUCAACUUCCUUCGCAAACAGUUGUACUUUUAUAACAAGGAGAAGCAGUGACUCUUUUGGAUUAUAAGCAAGUGAAUAUGUACUUUCAUCUUGGCCUAAUUCACUUUGAAAAAUCUCAACUAUCUCAGUGCCCUGGUUUGAAAAGGAAUUAAUUACCACUGAGUGCUGAUCAAUCGCUGUCGUUCUAGCUGUAUAUUUGUAUUACAGCUAAUAGAAUUUGUAUCAGAUUUGUGUAAUGCAAGAAAAGGAUUAGAAAUAAAUCAAUCAUUGAAUGUUUGAUAUUAAUGUGUGGAUGAUAUUGCACAAUUGAGGUACUAACCAGCAUUGACAAAAUCCGUUCUUUGUGCUAACGUACAUAAUGUAAAACUUCGCUUUUAGGGAAGAAUAUUUAAAUUAUCUUCGAGACAUCUUAAUUGUUAUUUUUGGGGGAGUGACAGAAAGCAAGAUAGUUUUCAACAUCUAAAAAUUACCUGUCUCAACUGAGCACUUGUAUCGAUGAGAGAACAGUUGAAUUCACAUAAACAAAUAUUUCUGCUUCUAAACAUCUGGGACAACUUAAGACCGCGGCAUGAGGCUAUGGUUUUUUGAUAAAUUUUGUCCUAUUCUAAUCCUGUUGGAUAAUGAAUGAAGAGAAUUGCAUUUAAUUAGCACCUUUUGUCUACUGUGUCCCAUUCAAGAUUUGGGAAUUGUACAGAAACCAUUUAGAUGUGUCUGAGUUAGCUGAUCUUCGCUAGAGUAGCGGGGUGCUACUUUUGAAAUUAGCCUGAGGAGCAAACAUAGGAACUCUGUAGUAUUUAUAUUCCCAUCUCUGAUUUUUAAUGAUGGUUCUUACUCGGAAGUUGAAUGACGACAUGAUUGGGCUAUUUGUGAUGCCUUUCAUGUUUGAAUAGCUUGCUAGUCAUUAAAUAAGUCAGCUGGACAAGUUAACAGAAUGUGAUUGGCACUAAAGAAACUGUCCUAAGGAACUGUAGUCAAUAUAGAGUUAGUGCCUUCAGGAGGGGGGAGAGAAAGGCACAAUGUCAAAGUAAAUCACUGUUGGUAACAAUUGUCUGAUAUUUUAAUCCCAGGCUUGUAAAAUAUUUAGUAUUUCAUAGCCUGAAAAGUUUGUUAUUACAUUAUCGCAAAUGCAAUCAUGAAUGGUGUAUUUUUAUUUCCAAAUAAAAAUCCGUCUUGAAGAUUUAUGCAAUAA